AUGGGGGACGUCCGACAAUUACAGGAGGAACACGCGGCGGCCAUGGCAAAGACGAGCGCACAAGAGCCGUCUAUCCAGGCCGUGACAUCGCAAGCCACUGCAACUUCUUCUGCUUCCGGAAAGAAUGUCGAUAUUCUCGAACUGCCCGCCGUCACACUCACCUGCGAGAAAGGUGAAUUGGUAAUUCAAGUCACACAAAUGCCCGAUAAGGAAGAAGAGGCCCAGACCUCAACCGGAUUCCUAAACUACAUCCCUCUCGACGGUCUCGACGGCAUACUAACCCCGUUCUUCCCCUCCUCCACAGUCACCCCUCCGCGUCGUCUUCCUCCGGGGUCCGUCCCGUUCUACAACAUCCUCUGGGCCUACAUCACCCCAGACCGCAACUACCUCCGCAUCGACUUCGCCGAAGAGACAUCACCCAAGAAGCAUCAACUUAUCGUCCGCCAACUCGAGUUCCCUCUCCCCUCAGCUCCCUCCCAAGCUCCCGAGCGCGAAUCACUUUUGUCCCCCACCAUUCUAUCGCCCUCGGCCGCCACGCUGGACGCCUUCGUCUCCCGCCUUCUCGACCUCGCCUACCCCGCGCCCAUCCAACGCCGAAAGCGCGCCUGGGUUCUCGUCAACCCCCAGGCUGGCCCAGGCGGCGCUGACAAGAUUUUCGAAAAGGAAGUCCGUCCCAUCUUCGAAGCGGCCCGCAUGCCGCUCACCAUCAUCCGCACCACUUACUCGGGUGAAGCCGUCACCCUGUCCCAAGACCUCGACAUAUCCCAGUACGACAUCGCAGUCCCUUGCUCCGGCGACGGCCUACCACACGAAGUUUUCAAUGGUCUUUCCAAGAGAUCCGACGCCCGCCGUGCUUUGGCGAGGGUAGCAGUGUGCCACAUCCCCUGCGGCUCCGGAAACGCCAUGUCCUGCAACUUGUACGGCACGCACCGCCCUUCGCUGGCGGCGCUGGCGAUUGUGAAGGGCGUGCCGACGAAGCUGGACCUGUGCAGCGUCACGUUGCAGGAUGGAGAGCGCCUGACGAGCUUCUUGAGUCAGGCGUACGGCAUGAUUGCUGAUCUGGAUAUCACGACGGAACAUCUGAGGUGGAUGGGGGCGGCGAGGUUCACGUACGGGUUCUUGACGCUGGCCAUCAGGAAGAAGACGUAUCCAUGUGAUGUGGCGAUGAAGGUGGAGGUGGAUGGGAAGGGGGAGAUUAAGGGGCAUUAUGCUAGGGGGGUGAGGAGCACGGAAGGGGAAGUUGAGAACGGGGAAGCUAGCGGGGAUGGGCUUGGGGAAGAGGAUGGUGCAGGAGAGGAGGGAGAAGAGGGGGGUGCCGGGCUUAAGAUGGCCUACAUGGCCCCAGACGCCAACUUCUUCUCCGCCGCCCUCGCCAACGACGGCUUGCUAGAUCUGAUCACCACCGACGGCGACAUUUCUCUCUGGAAGAACAUCAACAUGCAACUUUCUGUCGAAUCUGGUCACUUCUUCGAUAACCCCCUGGUUUCUUACCGCAAAGUGUCCGCUUUCCGGUUGACGCCCCGGUACCAGGACCCGAACGGCGUGAUUAGCAUCGAUGGCGAGGCGAGACCGUUUGCGCCGUUCCAGGUGGAGGUGCAUAAGGGUCUUGGACUGACUCUCAGCAAGAGGGGCGUGUUUGAGGCGCCGGGGCCGCAUGGGUGGGAUAAAGUUUCGACGACGGAGAGGUUGAUGGCCUAA